CUCAUCCAUCUCCGACGUGGGGAGGAGAGGCAGUUCAAACAAUAAACACGUCGUAGCCUAAAUCGAUAACAAAAAAAUCUUAUCCAAUCGUAAAAUCUUGAAGCCGUCGUUCAUUUCCGUGAAGCCAAUCCCCGUCUGUCUCUAUGGUGUUUUAUUUUUCAACAAGCUGACGAAGGCUCGGGGUUUUCCGUGUAGUAGCACUAAGAGCCGAGAGUCGUACACGCGCGAGGCAUAGACAUCAAGCGGUUUGGGUAACUCUGUACAAUUGUUUACAUCUUACUGAACAAGGAGAUAAGUAUUUUGAAAAUGUUAUCAACUAAUGAGCUCGUGUCUGUUGGGACAUUUCAAGUGCUUAAAUUACCUCUUGGAUUUAUCCGCGUUUUGGAAUGGCUUUUUUCCAUUUUUGCAUUUGCGACAUGUGGAGGCUACAGUGGACAGCUGUGGGUUAGUGUGGACUGCCAGCUUGACAAGGCCAGCAGCAACCUCAGUAUUGGCAUCGAUUUUGCCUAUCCUUUUAGGUUGCACCAGGUGUCCUUCGAGGCUCCGCUGUGUGAGGGGAGGAGGAGGGAGAGGCUCUUUCUCAUUGGGGACUACACUUCCUCGGCUGAGUUCUUCGUCACCAUCGCUGUGUUCGCCUUCCUCUUCUCCUUCAUGGCCACCAUAGUCUACAUCUUCUUCCAGAACAAGUACCGCGAGAACAACCGAGGCCCUCUGAUCGACUUUAUAGUGACCGUGGUGUUCUCCUUCAUGUGGCUGGUCAGUUCUUCAGCCUGGGCUAAAGCCCUGUCGGACAUCAAGGUGGCCACAGACCCAGAUGAGGUGCAGGAGCUCAUGUCUGCCUGUAAGGUCAUGACCAACAAGUGUGGCUCAGUACAAGGACCCCGCUGGUCAGGCCUCAAUACCUCUGUGGUGUUUGGCUUCCUAAACUUCGUCCUGUGGGCAGGAAACAUCUGGUUUGUCUUCAAGGAGACUGGUUGGCAUAAAGGAGGACCAGCUCGGUACGCUGGUGCGCCUCCCGAAAAACAGGCUGAGACAUUCAACCAGCAGCAGCCCUACAACCAGGGCAGUUUUGACCAGUCAGGAGGCUACAGCGCCCAGGGAGACCAGGAGCCGGUAUCAGAAUACAGUCCUGUGGGCGGACCCACCUCCUACUCCAAUCAGAUGUAGCCUUGCAGUCUGAUUGUCACACUGAUGGGGGGGGAUGCAGUUCUUAGGUAGAAAUAUUCCGGUGCCAGAAAAAGUAAGUUGUCGAUUGAUACAGUUAAACAUAAGUAUUUUGGAGUAUUGUACAUAAAAUUAGAUUUUGGUUACGUUUUUAGAUGUGUUGUCCUGAAUGUUGUAUUGCCUGUGGGUUGAGUCUGUUUAUAGUUUCUCUUUUUCCUGUGCUAGGUGCUAUGCCACAGACCUUUUUAACUGGACGUCUUUUUCAUUGUGGAAGAAAAAUGUGGUAUACAAUUGUAUAAUUCUUGAAGUUUCCUACAUAGUGUUGACAAAGUGCAUGAAGUUGUGCUAUGUGUUUCUAUGCCUGUUUGUGCACAUUCUAUUUACGAAACUGUCAGGAUUUCACCUCAGAGUUACACAGUAAGGUAUCAGCAGUAGUUUUACCUCACAAAUGCAACAUUUAAAGUGUUGGUCUCAUUUUUCAUGAGCAGAAAUAAAAUAUCCCAGUCAUUUUCCAUAUGCAAAAAAAAACUUAUUUCUCUUCAAAUUUUCUGCACAAAUUUAUUUACAUCCCUGUUAGUGAGCAUUUCUCCUUUGUCAAGGUAAUCCAUCCUGACAGGUGUGGCAUAUCAAGAAGCUGAGGGGGGGGGGGGGGGGUCUGUCUUUAAUAAAGCCUAUUUGUGGGGUAAAACAAAUUCUUAUUGGCUGGGCCUGGCCCCUCAGUGGGUGAACCUGGCUUCCACACAUGGCUGCGCCCCUGCCCAGUCAUGUGAAAUCCAUAGAUUAAGAUCAAAUUAAUCACUUUUAUUUGACUGGUUUCCUUUUAUGAACUGUAACUCAGUAAAAUCUUAAAUUGUUGCAUGUAGGGUUUAUGUUUUUGUUCAGUGUAGUUACCUUUUCAUUACACAUGAUGCCCUUGCUCUAAAGGGGUUUUAUGUGUUGGUUUGUGGGAAGUUUUUGAUGUUAGUGUUAACAAUUGUAAAUGGGAAAAGUGUUUCUACCCGCUCUGUUUACAAAUGGUCGCUCAGGAUUCAAAUGAAAGGACUCGUUUUUUAAGCUGCGGUCAGACUACUGCGAAAUGAAGAAUAAUUUCAUACUCCUCCUAGAGCGAGCUAGCUGAGUCCAUUUAAGCACAAGGCCCCAGUGAAAAAGGCCCAGAAGAACCUAGUUGCAAUUAGAACAGUCAGCUCGGCCAAGCUUGUCUGUAUAACCAUUACUGAACCCCCUCCAUUUUAUCUGUCAUGUUUUCUCUGUCUUGAAUUCUACAAACAAAGUAAUUCAGGUUUGUAUGACUUUCAAAAGUUUGUGCAAUUAAUACAAAUAGGCCUAAUUAGACAAUGUCUGAUAAUAUUGAUGAUGAUGAUGAUAAUUAACCCUGUGUCUUGAGCUCCAAAGCAUGUGGCUUGCAUUAACCAGGUAACAAACAAAUAUGAAAAAAUACAAUAAUUAAACGUCCAUGUAUGUACUUCCCUUCUGUCCGUGUAACAUUAUAAUGUGAACAAUUUGAAAACCACUUACCAGUAUUAUUAUUCUGUUCAUGAUUACUGCGUGUGGAUGAUAUACAAGCAAUUUGAAUAAUCCUAAUAAAGAUGU